AUGCGACUGCUGACCAGUGAAUUCUGUAUCAAUAAUCAAAGCACAGGCAUGAAUGUCUUUUCCACCUGCUGUAACUUUGACACCAUCCAUAUUGUUAGGUUUUAUUUCCUGUAAGUGUUAAGUUGACUCAAGUAAGCAACAGCAGUGAUAGCUCUGUAGUUCAUAGUUUCGUAGAGAAAGGCAUUGAAAAUAAUCAUGAGUAAAUGGGUCUAUCACACUCUUUCCAAGGUUUAAAUCUGGAUCUGUUAACCUGUGUCUCUCCAUAUGUUGUUGGACUCAAACUACCACCAGGCCCAGCCAGCAUAGCAAGAGGCUAGGGAAGAUGGGAGUUGCAGUCCAGUAACAUUUGUAGGGCUACAAAAAGCCAGAGCUGAGAGUUGUGUGUGUGAUCUAUAAGCUAGAAGCAAGGCUGCAGGCUGGGCAGUUGGGAGACAGAACCAUGCCUGAUUUCUGCUGGAAUCCAAGGCUGUGGCUAUGGGAGAAGCAAGACCCUCUUGGUGUGUAAUAAUAAUAAUAAUAAUAAUAAUUAAUAAUAAUAAUUACUACUACUACUACUACUACUACUACUAUUUCUACCCUGCCUAUCUGAUUGGGUUUCCCCAGCCACUCUGGGUGGCUUAUAGUACAUAUAAAAAAUUGUAAAACAUCAGUCAUUAAAAAAUUCCCAAUACAGGGCUGCCUUCAGAUGUCUUCUAAAAGUCAGAUAGUUAUUUCCUUGAAAUCUGACGAGAGGGCCUUCCACAGGGUGGGCGCCACUACCAAGAACGCCCUCUGCCUGGUUCCUUGUAACCUCACUUCUCACAGUGAGGGAACUGCCAGAAGGCCCUUGGCGCUGGACCUCAGUGUCCAGGCUGAAUGAUGGGAGUCAUAGCUGUCAAGUGUCCCUUAUUUGAAGGGACAGUCCCUUAUUCCAGCGCCAUGUCCCGCUGCUGUCCCUUAUUGAUGAAUGUCCCUUAAAUAUCCCUUAAAUGAUGUCCCUUAAAUUUCAAAGGAAGCAGCUCCUCUCCCUCCCUCCCUGCCAGCCAGGGAGCAGGGAGGUUCCAACUAUGUUGCUUGGCUGUGUUGCUCACCGAAUAAGAAGUCUAAGAACGAUGGGGGGGUGGAGCUUGCAUGCCUUGUGUGUGGUUAGUUAAUGCAAGCUGAGGGGUUUUUUGAAUGCUGGACACCAUUUUGUUACACGUGCUGCUGCAAACUUUGCAGUGGAAAGCCAGGCCGGGGAGCCAUUUUAAGUUGAGGCUGCAUAGGCCUUGUGGUGCAUGUGAUUCAGAUUCUCUUCAGUUGAACCUCUGGUUACAAAGUUGGUUGGACAGUGUUCUCGAAGCUACCAGCAUGAGUUUGACCAGACUGCAGGAAGACAGGAAGACUGGAGUGCCUGGAACAGGUGAGGCUGCAGGUCCCUUAUUUUGGCUGCUGGUCCCUUAUUUUCAAGGCUGCUGGUCCCUUAUUUUCAAAUCUGUAAGUUGACAGCUAUGAUGGGAGUGAAGACGCUCCUUCAGGUAUACCGGUACACAGUAUACAGGUAUACUGUGUUAAUGCUGUGACCCCCAUUAUCAUAGGUUCAGGUUGUUUAUAUGUGUAAAUAAACCGUAUAUCAUAAAGACACCACAGUCCCCUUAUUCUGAAGAAAGUGAACCCUUGGUAAGUGCGUAGAAACCCUGGAAUCUCACACUGCUCUAAGAUUGGGGUGGCAUUCAACAAUAUACACACAGGAACAAUAAGCAGACCUCUGUACUAGGGCUAGGUGUGGAAGCUGAUAUUUGGAUCUUUUAAAUACCUGCACACCUAAAUACAGCCACCCAAGCCUGACACUCAACUAUGAAGCAUGCAUGGAAGGUGGAGUCUGACCACAGCUUGAAGACACCUUGCAUCCUAAACCCAGGGCUUAACUGGGAGGUGUGCCACCACUCUGCUUCACUUUCACCAAACUGGUGGGUCAGCUUUGGAGAAAGCAGCGCAGGCUGCAUAGCCGUGAACCUGCGUUAGGGAAUCCUGCGGAUGUGGCAACCAAAGCAGCAAGUGAGCUCCUCUUCUGUGUCUCUGGUUUUUUGGUGCUCCUGAAUAAUUUGGGAAGAAAAUGGCUCCAGCUUUCUGUUCUGGGGGACUGUCAAGGGCCUGCACCAGCAUUGCCGAGGACCCAUUAAUGCAUAUUUUCGAUGAGGAAAAGAUUGUCACGACUAUGCCUGUGAGUAGAUUUAAAAGGGAAGGAGUACAAGGCUGUUGUUAACAAUUGCCUUGCAAAGCAGCAGCAGCAUCUCCAUUUCAUGAAUGGUCAUUAACACAAAGCUGCACUUUCUUUCCCAUCUGGCUUUGUUGCUGUAAAUACAGUCCAUGCAACAUCUUGAUGGUUUCUCUUUCCCAAUAGGUUGUUUCUGGUGUUUUGCCAAAUGUGUCAAACAGAACCAUCUGGGUUUGGGAAGGUUCUGCACUUCCCCAGGCUUGGCUCCAUAUGCACAGUGCUGCCGGCCUCCUCUGCCCUCUCCAGGCCUGCUGUGAAUCAAACUGAUUGUUAUUCAGGUGGGAUGGCCCGGUCAUGAACUGCGCUAAUCAAAAAACAAACUGCACCAAAACACUGAGGCUCACACGCUGGUGAAGGCCUCCCCCUGACCUCUGUUCACCAGCCCCUUCCAAUGGAGGCGGAUUCAGGUUGUGUUCUCCUUCUGGAUUUCUGCACCUUCCACAGUUACCAGGCAUCUGUGUAAAAUCCCCAUCUCCAUCCAGCCCCUCCCCUUGCCUUGUGCUGGGCACUAAGGUCAGUUAAUGCUCAACAAUUCAACGUGGGAAGUCUUCCUGAGGAAGUACCAGGCCAUAAAUUUCACCUAACAAGAGCCACUUAUCAAGUUUGGCCUUGUUAAAGAGCCUCCCAGAUAUUAAUCACAAUAUAGCCUACAGUGUCUGUAGUGUGGUGUAGAAAGAAUGAAACAGUUGGAGGGUGCAAAAAUGGAGAGGUUUUGUUUUGUUUUGUUUUGUUUUUUAAAAAAUGUAGUGUUGCCUUUAUGGUAGUCUUGAUGGGAGGCAACAUUGCUGGAUGUAAGCUAAGUAGCAUGAGAAAGUGGGAUGUAUGUUAUGGGCAUAUCCUAUUUAUUUACCUACAAUAGCUCUGGGUGAAUACCAAGACCCUUGCAUCUUUCCUUACCAAUUCAUACUGGGAUGGAUGGUUUUCUGUGGAAAAUUUAAAUAACUUCUCAACUCAACUGAGCAACAGUGAAUGACAUCAGCGGGACUGUUUUUUAUUCUCUGUUUCAGUGGUUGCUAAUCAGUCUUUUGAAUGCUAGGUAUGUUUCUAUAUGAUAGUUCUUCACACAAAAUAAUAACUGGUUAUUUUCCUUUUAGUUUAUUAGUGCUAGAUAAUACCUAUCAGGUCAUUCUAAAAUUCAUAAUUAAAUGGACACUCAUUCACAGCUAGGGGACAUAGGUAGUAAAUACUAUAUGCUUUGGACACAUAACAUCGAAAAAGAAAACAAUAAUUUAAGACAUAGUGACUAUGAAAUAAAUUGUAAUAUAUUUAAGUAUGCCAUUUUUAGCAACAUUAAUAAUUAAAAUGAAGUCACAAGCCUUAUUUAAAAUGCUAUUAAUAUUUUACAAACUACUAAGCUAACCUGUAUGAAAAAUGUGUUAGUAUUUGGGCUGUGCAGCUGAUUUGGAUGAAGCCUAAAUCUUGAACCAGUGAGGGAUUCUGGGCUUGUCCACGGUGCAGUGAGAUCUGUUCAAAGCACCCUGAACUGAAGCAGGGACCUCUGUAGUGUUUCGUGGUUGUAGUGUCCACUGGGUGGACAGUGGACACCUAGUUAAAAUUUCUUAAAAAUUGGCUUGGUUAAUUUCAGUAUGUAUUUGCAGAAUCAAAAUCUAAGAAUAGUGUUUCUGUUCAGCAACAGAAGGUAUGGGCACCACAGAAUUACAGGGGUUGCCAACCUAUUUUGCGGCCAGUGGGCACAUUAGGAAUUUUGAGAAAGUGCCAUCAGUGUCAGUCACAAAAUGGCUCCCACAGAGUAUGUGGCAGAACACACAAUGGCUGCCAAAUCCAACAGAGCAGAAAAAUUGCCAUCAGGAAGGCACCUACAUCAGCAACUGCCACACUUGCCCACAGAGAGAAUCUCUUUUGCACCUCUCCUUUGUACAAAAUGGAUGGGGAAUGUAUGAGUCCAACCUGGCAUGCAAUUAAAUGUGUGCAUGUUUAAGGGGGUGUUCAGUGUAGGAGAAACUGAGACAAUGCAAAUGGGAACUUAGCUGGAUGCUAAGGGUGGAUUUUUGAGUGGCUAUUGAUGGGGGCUUUUUCCAGGCCCCAUAGAAGGCACUGGCAGUCACACUAGCAUCUGUAGGCUUCAUAGUGAUAACUCCAGGUUUAGGAGCUGCCACCCUACAUGUCCUGCCAUUAGGUUAUGGUCAUCCACAAGUGGCCAUCUGGCAGUACUUUCUUUGCUGUGCCUUCAUGCAAAGGGGCGCAUAAAUAAAUGCAUGCCCACAUUGGUUUCAUUUAGAAACAGACACAAAUAGCCAGACUCUUAGAAUACAAGCAUGCAGAACAAAACAGACAUUGGAAUAUGAGGCAAGUAUCUAAAGCCUGGUUCAUAUGUACUAUCAGCCACCCAGAGCCCCUUUGAAUCCAAAUCAAGUGAAGGUUGCCCUACAUUGUAAGUUGAUUGUGUGUUCCCACUGGCCAGAAGGAUCCACCGCUUUGGCCAUUUCACGACAUCACUGCAAACUACUUUGAUGCUGGUUUCCAGCAAAUAGGAUGGCAAAAUGGAUGAACUCAUACAACAAAAUGAUAAUUGUUAAGUUGUGGGUUGACAUAGCAGACGACACAGCGAUUUCUCCAAAGCAUCUCUUUAUUUUGUAAGCUGGAACAGAACUAAGCUGAGGAGCUCAGUCAGCCUGCUUAUAUAGAGCUCCAGAACAAUGUAACUGUUGCCAUUUUCUAAAACUAUCCAAUCAUUGAACGUCACUUUUCAAUCCUUUAUUUGCAUACAAAAGUAUCCAAUCACUGAACGUCACUUUUCAAUCCUUCAUUUGCAUAACUAUCUACAGUAUCCCCCUGCUGGCCCAGGGUGAGAACUUCCGUACAUAAUAAUAAUAAUAAUAAUAAUAAUAAUAAUAAUAUGUGUAUACCACCCAUCUGGCUGGGUUUCCCUAGCCACUCUGGGCAGCUUCCAACAAAGAUUAAAAAUACAUUAAAAUGGCAGAUAUUAAAAAUUUCCCUAAAUAGGGCUACCAUCAGAUGUCUUCUAAAUGUCAGGUAGUUGUUUAUGUCUUUGACAUCUGAUGGGAGGGCAUUCCAAAGGGCAGGCGCCACUACUGAGAAGGCCCUCUGCCUGGUUUCCUGUAGCUUUGCUUCUCGCAGUGAGGGAACCAUCAGAAGGCCCUCAGCGCUGGACCUCAGUGUCCGGGCUGAAUGAUGGGGGAGGAGACGCUCCUUCAAGCCAUGCGCAUCAUGGGCUCGCCACCUGGAGCAACCUCUAUUCACUCUGGUGCUUGUUUGUAUGAUUUAGGACUCUCAAUAAGAAAGCAUCUAUCUCUUGUCAUUGAAGUUAAUGAAACACACUCAGGUUUUUAAGAUUCCCAGUACUAGAUCUGCAUUUCUUGAUUCACAGUUACCAUCAGAGUAGCUAGUAAAGUUGCAAGACUUCUCAGCCUGUUCAGAGUUUGCAAAAGCUAGUCUGGGAGAUGCAAGUUGUCUACAAGUCGAACAAAACCCUCCUAGUUCUUUCUUUCUUGUUGGUGGUACAGCACCCGGGGUCCAUUAAGGCAUCUGCCUGCCUGCACUUGCUGCUUAUCCCUUCCUAAUGUAAAUCUGGGCAUUGCCAUAUAAGGAUGGCAUAUCCCCCAAUCCCACCAGCCCCUGUGAACGUCAGGAGCAAAUCUCCCACACUGAGAUUUCCCAUGAUGCCGCUGGUGCAAGGAGAAUGGAGAGAAUUAAAAACCUUUCCAGUUUCAAAGAGUUUAAAAAUCUGUUUGGUCUCCUUAGGAUAGUUCGAAAUGAAUGGGGGGUGGGAGCGGGGGAGACAGGGUCCGUGCUGUGUGCUGACAAAGAUUUGGUAAUUCUCAGGAUCACACUAAUACCAGUUGUUAAGACACAGGUUGCUGCAAGCUCUUAAUUGUGUUUGGUGUGAUGUACAAAACAAUAUGUCUUGAUCAUCUGAAUGGCUAGCUGGUGUUAGAAUAUUCCUGGCACCACUAUAAAGCAAAGCUUUCCUUUUAGUUAACCGGUUAAGGAAUGUAGGUUAAUGCAGCCUCCCCUUUUUACCCCCACAGCUCUGUUUUUCGGAGGUUGGCAGUAACUGACACUUUUUCUUUUGCUUAAUUAAGUUGUUCAGAAGAAGGCUGGUCAAACAGUUGCAUCUACGUGGGGAGUCUUGAAAUGAACAGAAAGCCGUGGGCGUUGCCAACAUAGAAAGGGGGAUUCUGUUAUUGUUUGGGUGUAGACGGGUCAUUUUUUCAAAGUUACUGCUGCCUGAGUGACCACAGCCCUUCAGCAGCAGCAGCAGCAGUGAAAGCACAUUCAGCUGCUUAAAUGCAACUACCUUCAGCUUCACAAUGUGGGAGAGAGAGAGAGAGAGAGAGAGAGAGAGCCAGCAUCAAGAAACAUUUUCUGUAUCUUCUCCUUUCUUCCCUUUUUAAAGGCAAACAGUGGGCUCUCUUAAACUGUAUUUGUCAAUAGAUGGUGAAGAAAUUCAGCUGGUAGAUCGGUUCUUCCUCCCAGUCUGCAAAAUGAAAAGAAAAAAAAUACAGAAAAACCCGAUUUUCUUUUUUAACUGCAAAACUCUUGUUUAUUGGUUCAGUCAGUUUACACCUGAACUGAUUUAUGCUGAAUAAUAAAAUGUUUCACGCUUUAGAACUGACAUGUAUUGAAUAAUGCCAUCUUUAGAACUUGCUUUCUUCAUUCUCUGACACAGGGCUGAAUUCCAACAGUGGCCGUCCUCCUGCAAGCAAAGCAGUAAAUUGACGGCCAUGUUUUAUGGAAAGAAUGAGAGAGAGUCCACGCCUGGACAUGUGCAUUCUUUCAAGGUUUUCUUUGUCCUGUGGAGCUUCUCAAGAGUCCUCUCAGUCUCAAUGGCCUUGUUGAAAUUCUGCUGGGCCACUUUGUUUGCAUAAGGUUAACAUCUGUCUGUCAUAUGGCCAUUCAACAGGGAGAUCCUAAACUGGAGAAAGGCGAUUUUACAUCACCUCAAGAUGGGGACUGCCUUCUGUUAGGGAACAUUCUCUCCAACUGCUAAGUAUAGCUACCCAACUUGUUUACUUUUUACCUAGGCACAGCUACCAAAAUUACUUUGUGCCUUUGCUAAUAUAAGGACUAGCUAGUUUCUCUUGAUGCUCAUUUUCUGCCUAUCGGAGAAUCUGUAUGUUUUGCCUAAAAAGGAGAUAGACUUGGGUAGCAACUAGUACUUUUAUUUUCAGAGAUGGGGAAUCAGCCAUUGUUAGACAAGAGACUCCCCACUUACACGUGGGUUGUAUUCCAGGCUCCCGAGCGCAUAAGUGAAACGUGCAUAACUGGGGAGAGUCCUUGUGGCUCAUGAGGAGUCUCUCUCCAGAUCCUGAAGAAGACGUUUUCUUCAGACUCUGUGGAGGGUCUCCUCGUAAGCCUCAGACUUUCCUGCUCUCUCUCACCACUUCUGGGUUCUCGUUGCCACAUGGUCAUGCACAGGUGUGGAGUUGCCUGUAUUUCUUGAUCCCUGUAGGCCUUGGUACAACCAAAUACCUGCAUAGCACCUAAAGAACCAUGUUUGAAUGUCUGCUACUUUUUGCUCCCCAUAUUCCAUCUUAAGACUGAUCAGCUGCAGACUCCGUGGCUUCAACACUAGGCAAUUUGAAUCUCUCCCCCCUGUGUUACUCCUCUUACCAUCUAGCCUGAUUUGAGAAUUCUGGAGAACCCAAAAGAUUAUACCCUGUUUUGUGAUAUUUUUGUUGAUAAAAGCAUUUCUCUAAUAUGGAUUUUGGAAUCUGUCGGAUCCUUCACAGUUCACUUAGGAUGAGUAUAGCAAAGAGGAGAUGUACCAGUGAAUUUAGUGGUUCUGUUCUUGAUUAUAUCCAAGUAACAGAGUAAUAGUAGAUAACAAUGUAGAUCUGCUUCUUCAAAACAUCUCUGUUCUACUAGAAAUUCUCAAGCUAUUUGCCUAAAAAGAGAUGUAGUCACCUUUAUAUUCUCUGUUAGGAAAGUGGAUUAUGUUUACCAGCACCUUAUGUUUUUAAAUAGCUUAAACAAAUUGUUGACAAAAGUGGGCCAAUGACCACUAGUAAAUAGUAAAUAUUUUGUAUGAGGAUCUUUACACUGGGUGCUAUGGAAUAUGUGGUAUAUAACAGGCUGUCUCUGAGGGGUAGCUGACUUCUAAACUAAGGACUAGGGCUGGUUAGCAUCCCAAAAAGAAGAAAGCAUUUAUUUAGAGCAUUACUUUAGUAAAUGUGUAGUGAGUCCUAGCUCAAAACCAGACUAUUUCAAGGCAACUGUCCCUCAGAGCUUGUUGGACUAGUUGUUGAUAGUUUUUUUAUUAAAAUAAAAGCCCCCCCCCUUAAACUCUGAUUCAAAGAGGUUUCUGAAUUUUGGAGUUGGGUUAAAAGGGUGGGAGAAUGAUUCAGUUUAAGUUUAACAAUGAAUCUAUCAAAAUUGUUGGUAGGCAUCCAUCUGUCUCAGGAGACAAGCAAAAUUGCGCUUUUCAAAACAAUAUGAGCACUGCAGCAGAGCCGUCCUUUGAAAUUUGCACUUGUCUGAAUUUUGUGAUGCACUUUUCUAAUACAGGUUUACAAAAAUGCAUACACAGUGGUACCUCGGGUUAAGUACUUAAUUCAUUCUGGAGGUCCAUACUUAACCUGAAACUGUUCUUAACCUGAAGCACCACUUUAGCUAAUGGGGCCUCCUGCUGCCGCUGCACCGCAGGAGCACGAUUUCUGUUCUUAUCCUGAAGCAAAGUUCUUAACCUGAAGCACUAUUUCUGGGUUAGCGGAGUCUGUAACCUGAAGCGUAUGUAACCUGAAGCGUAUGUAACCCGAGGUACCACUGUAUUAGGGGAAAGUGUACAAAAAAACAAACAUAUUAGUUAAACCAACAUACAAAAAAAUCAAUAUACUAGGGGUAAUUGUUUGCAAAACUGUGUACAGUAGUACCUCUGGUUACAAACUUAAUUCAUUCCGGAGGUCCUUUCUUAACUUGAAACCAUUCUUAACCUGAGUACCACUUUAGCUAAUGGGGCUCCUGCUGCCGCUGCGCCACUGGCGCACAAUUUCUGUCCUCAUCCUGAGGUAAAGUUCUUAACCCAAGGUACUACUUCCAGGUUAGCAGAGUCUGUAACCCCAAGUGUUUGUAACCCGAGGUGUUUGUAACCCGACGUACCACUGUAUAUUUGUCAAAACUGCAUAUAAAGCUGCAUUUAUUAUAAGAAAUUCACACUAAAAUGUUGAUGAAUUUUCAGUAUGAUUUUCAUUCAAAAAUAUCACAAAUUGUGGCAUAAAUGUGAAGAACUGCAUUUAAGAUUGGGAAAAUGAGAAACCAAGUGGACCAAAAUUGACAGAUAAUUAGUUACAGAUAAUUCUCUAGUUUUUCUCACAGAGUCUAUUCAUAACACGUGUUACACUUUUGAUGCCCUUUCAAAGCUUAUUUUUCCUUUUGGUACAUUUUAUCUGAUUUUCCUCCUCUCCAUUCCGUCUGUUGUCUCAUCUGCAUAUUUACAUUUAGACAACAGAGUCCUCCAACCCGUCUUUCUUGCUUAGGCUACACACUGUAAAGCACUGUGUCUGCUAUGGAUGCUGCGUAAUAUUACUAAUAUAGUAUUAUUACUACUACUACUACUAAUAGGUCAACCUUCUUUUAUUGCCUUUAGUAACUCCCUAGAUGUGUGACAUACACAUACAACAUUAAUCUCUGUGUAUUACAUUUUUUUAAGGAGGGCAGAGUUAAUUUGCCAUUAACAUUUCUAGGCAUCCAGAGGUGGAGGUUAAAAUUGUAUUUUUUAAAAAAAAAAUCAAAGGUCUUUUACAAUUUCAAGAAAUCCAUCUGUUAUUAAUUAAAAACAACAACAACUGUGCAGAUACUACCAAAACAAUUCCUGGACAAAGUAUCCCUAAACGACAAAUUGUUAAAGAUGCAGCUUCACACCCUGUUGUCUUGUGAGAUACGUGUCAAAUAGUUUAGUUUAGCACAUCAGCCUGCUGCCUCUCCUCCUUGGCUAGAUGAUGCAAAUCGCAUGCAGAUUUUAUGCAGCUCAUACAGUGCUCUUAAAAAAGCCCCAAAGUUCCAGCUGCUCAGUUUGCUCAAAUGAGCCCUCUCAUUUUGCAACGACUCAGCUAAGAGGAUGCCUUUACUCCCAGGAAAACAGAAGCCUUUCCUUGACAUGGAUAACCCAGCAUGAGUUCAAACGCUGAAGUGAAGGUCCAGAAGACAGAAAGUCAGAUUCACAAGGGCUGAACAGAAGCCAUUUCACCAUUCCUGGCACUUGCAGUUCCACAUGGAGCUUUGUUGCUCCUCAGGACAAAGAAGAGCGCAGUUCCUUUUCGCCCCAUAUUCUGCUGACAAAUGCAUAAUAAACUGACAGAGACCAAGCAAGAUUUCAGAAGGGGGGGGGGGAGAAAACCACAGUUACACAGGCGGUACAGCAUAGAAGGACCGGGGGAUGGUCACUUUCUGCAGGUGUUCAUCCACUGCCCCUGUAUUUGCAUAAAUUUGCAUGCUGUCAAACAGCCAGCUGACAGGAUCUCUGAGAAGGUCUGGACUGAGCCCAAACCUGUCAGUGACUUUCUCCUUGCCAGUCAAGGUUGGCUUUGGGUGCAAUUAAAGAAAGGAAGAACUACUUUUGACAUUGCACAGAAAGAAAGAGUCACAGAUGGGGGCAGACACACAUACACACUCAGAGCUCUGACUGCCUGAAAACAAAAACCCUAACAGGAAAGUAUUAUACGUGAAAGUUUCUGUUAUCAUGCUUUCUUGAUGGCGGGGGGGGGGGGGAAUUCUGUGAGCCAGUGGCUGCCAAGGCUGAGAAUGUGAGAUUGCACACAACCAUCUUAUAACAGUUAUUUAGAAAAUAGCUGAGGGAGAAAGAAGAGAUUACUAUUUUACUUAUCCGUAGUUAGCCCAAUCAAUUUAUUUGUUAUCACAAUUUUUCCAACUAUAUUAUCAGGCCACCACAACACACCAAAACUACGAGAAGAGGAUAUUUAUUCAGAAUGUAUAAAGCAUUUCCCCAUGAAAUGUUUCCGAAGCAAAAAAUAAAAGUAAAUAAAAAAAUUAAAAAGUUUCUAAUAACUAAGCAUAUAGUAUAAACACAGCAAUUUAAAAGCAACUCCUUAAAACAGUGGCCCCAAAAGUGGGCCGUACCACCUCCUGGAAGGGGGGUGGGAUUACUCAGGAAGUACUAAGAGGCAGGCAGGUGGAAGGCAUUGAAGAUGUAAAUGACUAACAGACUUUGAAAAGCUGUUAUCACUGGAAAAAGUUCAUCAAUUUUGUCAAAUAGUGUUAAUUGGAUUUUGAAAAAAAUGUGCCGUUAAUUGUUACUACUUUGAAUUUUAUUGUGUUACUAUCUUCCUUAGUGGGUUGUGCCAACUGCUGCUGUUCUGAAUAGUGCUUUUUAUACAGUGGGAUGAGUUUAUAGAACCAAGGGAGCGGUGGCCACCAAAAGUUUGGGAACCACCCUUUUAAAACAUCAGUUUGUUAAACAGUUUCAGCAUACAGUGGUACCUCAGGUUAAGUACUUAAUUCGUUCCGGAGGUCCGUACUUAACCUGAAGCACCACUUUAGCUAAUGGGGCCUCCUGCUGCCGCCACUCCGCCAGAGCACGGUUUUUGUUCUCAUCCUGAAGCAAAGUUCUUAACCUGAAGCACUAUUUCUGGGUUAGCGGAGUCUGUAACCUGAAGCGUAUGUAACCUGAAGCGUAUGUAACCUGAGGUACCACUGUACAUGAUAAAAUGGCUAAGUCACACUUCACAAGGGAAUUGAUUUAUUCUGUACUCGGUCGUGGUGGAAGGGGGCAGGGUGCCACGGGCGGCAUGGGGGCUGCAGCGCACCCUCCAGGCCCAGCACUGCCUGCAAAUGCAGCACAGACGUGGCAUGGGGCACGUGAGGCGUGCGGCCUGCAGGACGCCCCAGCCACCACCUCCCUCCCGGCCAUGGCCGCCCUCCAGCCGAGGGGGAGGCGGCUGACCCCUGCCCCGGCUUGCCCCACCCAGUGGGUGGCUUGCCUCCCCCCAUGGGCAGCUAGCUCUGCCCCAUGGCAUCUCAUCCCUCCCCCUGUGUGGGUGCCUGAGAGGCUAGCUAAGCUGCUGGUGUGAGGCGGGACAUUCACUAGACUGGGGAGAGCUGAGUGACCCUGCACUCCUGUUUCCCUGGGCUUUAAAGCCCAGGCGGCUAACUAUGCCGCUGUCUGUACUUCUAAAACAGGGGUCAGCAAACUUUUCCAGUCAGACCUCGUGGGGGGCCAGACUAUAUUGGGGGGGAUGAAUGAAUUUCUAUGCCCCACAAAUAACCCAGAGAUGCAUUUUAAAUAAAAGGACACAUUCUACUCAUGUAAAAACACGCUGAUUCCCAGACUGUCCGCUUGCCGGAUUUAGAAGGCGAUUGGGCCGACUUCGGCCCCCAGGCCUUAGUUUGCCUACCCAUGUUCUAAAAUGUGAUGCUGGUGUCCAAUUUUGACCUGAAAGGCAUCACUAACAGUAAUCUCAGUUCUCAGAGGGCCUGAGGAGGAAGGUAUCAGCUGGCUUGCAAGAACCUCAUUUAUUAUUAUUUUUUGCACAAGUAUAAAAAAUCUGGGAGGUGAGGGACUGCUCCCCAGAAUAGUCUGAUGAUAUCUGUGGCUGCUCAGUGGGCAUGGAAUUUUGGGUGCCUGGGUGCCACAGACACAUGUUGUGUUGCAUGUUGUUAUGAGACCCCUAUACCCCCCACAAAACUACAGUCCUCGGUGUGGUUUAACUGUCAGUCCUUCUUACUAGGUAACUCUGGGAAUUGUAGGCCCGUGAGAGAGAUAGCUGACUCUUCUAAUUUCUUCUUCUUCUUCUUCUUCUUCUUCUUCUUCUUCUUCUUCUGGCCAUUCAACACCAGGCAAAGCCUUUCUUAUUUUCUUAGGCUGAUCAUGUUUUACAUUUUUAAUCUACAGUGGAAUUAUUUUAAUUGUUGCUUUAUUUUGCUGUGUAUAAAUUGUUGCAUUUAAAACAACAAGAACAAUCUAUUGGUUUUAUUUUGUUUUGACAUGUUUGUAGAUUAAACAUUUGACAUGUUUGUACAUUCCAACUUUGUGGAAUGGCAGGUGAACUUAUUUCAACAGUAGAAGCUGAAUGACAUGACCCACUGCACUUGAAUUUGGGAGUGCUUGAUCUCCAAGAGAGGGGAAUGCCCAGAGGGAGAGAUGCCUCCAGCGUCUGUCACCUGAGGUGAAGGCUUCACUCUGCCUAGUGAUAGAGCUAUCCCUGGCUACUAGUUGACACCAUCUCUACAGCUGCCCUCACGUCACAGGUAAAGGGGAUAUUGGAGGCCUGGUGGAUCUUAACUAAAAAUGGAUAAAUAAAAAAUACAUAGGUUACAUAUUUUCAAAGCUCAUGGCUGUCCCCUGGUUGUUUUGCAUAUUCUCACCAAGGCACGGAAAUUUAAUAGCUCAUGUUUAAACAGUGACGGGCACUAGAGUUUCAUGAGCAAGAGACAAUCGGUUCUGUUUAUUCCCCAACAAUAAAGAGCCUGUUUAGCUCUGGACUGCAAGUGACUGAGCCAUCUGGCCCAUAUCUUCACAGUAAAACAUUGUCCAUGACACAAAAAUGAUUGCAUCCCCAGGACAAACUAAUGUGACCUCCAAAGAAAGCCUUCCUCUGAAGCUAUGAUAUCAUACUGCAUAGGAGACACCAGCACAAUUGAAUCUGGUCACCAAGGGCGCAAGUGAGAUAGGACUAUUUAAAUCAAAUUUUAUAGGAGACUUUUUGUCCUCCGUGGCAAAUCGUCGAGAUCCGACGACAGCAUUGAAACAUCUUUUUUUAUUCACUCAUAAGGCAACAGUGCCGUUCUGUUGUGUAUUGGCAGGCAUCUUUAGCUUGUGCUCAGUCCAGGAAGUACACAUCCAUUUGCAGAAUUAGCACCUGCAAGCUUCCCUUCCAACAAUGUUUUACUGAUGGUUCACCACCUGCACCAGCCUUUUCUCUUGCCACCCCAGAAACAAGCAGCCCUUUCUCCUCAUUGCCAACUGGGAUGUCCAAAGUCUGCCACAGCCUUACAAAUAAUUUUCUGAGCUGAAGAAGCCACUCACAAUGCUCCAUUACCUGAAUGGCAGUUCAUAAAGGAGUGGGCGGGGGGAGGAAGGGAAUCUAAAGAACAACUCAUCUCAGUGAAAUAAAUGAAACUUUCUAAAUAAGGUUAAUGUAUCUUUGGCGGUGCAGUGUUUGCUUUGCAGCAGCCUUUGAAAGGACCAUCUAGUUAAGAGGAAUUGCAAAUCCAGUUAAAGACUAACCCUUUUAAUGAAGACUAAUAUGAAUCUGAGCUGACUUGUGGGGAUAUGACUGGUGUUAAUUGUUUAAGCUCAGCUAACGUCUCUUUUAUGACCCUGGCAUCUCCAGUUUGCUAAAGUGUAUUAGCCACACUUCCACGCUUUUCAAGGUAUCAGUGUAACAAGUUUCAUUCUAAAAAGAUUAGCAUUGUGUAAGUGCUAAUUAUCUCCUGCCAUUAGUACAAAGGACCUCGUUAGUCUUCAACCUGAGCUAGAUACAAUUACAAGAGUUGUUAUAUGAUGAGUUUUACCCUUUUCUUUGAGGUCCCCACAAAUAGGAUAUUGGAUGGGAAGAGGUGCUCCUUGUUAAGAAAAAAAGUUCACCUACAAUCAGAGGAUGGGCUUCCCUUCCUUGCUCCAGGAGAAUGUUACACGUGUGUACGAGGCAUGGCCAUGUUUCCAGUUGUGUGUGCAUGUGCAUGUGCACGCACACACACAACACUGCAGAAUAUUCUUUUACUGAAGUGUGUUUUUAGAUUUUUACAGCUGCAUAUCAAAAGCGGAGUUUCAAUAUGUUGCAAAAAUCUGUGAACUACCUCUCAGCUUGAUUGCAGUUGAAACAAGGAAUAUUUGUGGCUAAAGUGAUAAAGUAAAUGCAUGUCACAUGGUUUAACACUACUAUAAAGCGGGUGGUGCUAUGGUCUAAACCACAGAGCCUAGGGCUUGCCAAUCAGAAGGUUGGCGGUUCGAAUCCCUGCGACGGGGCGAGCUCCCGUUGUUCGGUCCCAGUUCCUGCCCACCUAGCAGUUCAAAAGCACGUCAGGCGCAAGUAGAUAAAUAGGUACCGCUCCAGUGGGAAGGUAAACGGUGUUUCUGUGUGCUGCUCUGGUUCUCCAGAAGUGGCUUAGUCAUGCUGGCCACAUGACCCAGAAGCUGUCUGCGGACAAAUGCCGGCUCCCUCGGCCUAUAGAGCAAGAUGAGCGCCGCAACCCCAGAGUCGGCCAUGACUGGACCUAAUGGUCAGGGGUCCCUUUACCUUUUUAUAUUUACUGCAAGAGAGCCAGUGUUUGGCCCCCACCAAAAAUGGGCCUCAUGCUAAAGGUCCCCUUAAGCUUGGAGCCAGCCCUGCACAUUUAACCAUUUAACCAUUAGACUAAACCCGACAGGCUAUAUACAUAUAUUUAAAAAAUAAUAAUCAGCAUUGAUAGAUGGGAAUACGCACCACGCAUGCCUAUAUACCCCAAUAAAAGUUCCUCAUGUCCCUAAGAUUCAGUUGGCCUUCACUAGGGACCAAGUGUUUAGUGUGAGAGAUCCCUGCCCUGUGGAAUUGUCCUGUCAGCCUAUUCCUUCAGAAUUUUGAAAACUGUAUUGUUUAGACAUGCCUGUGCUAAUGUGAUUCUUUCUCUUUUUCAUCCAUCAAUCGAAUUACUGAUGUUUUUUAUGGAAGCCUUGUAUUGAUGCUUCUAUUCUUAUAUGUCGUCUACCGCCUUGGCACAUUUUUAUGAAAGUGAAUAUUAUGAAUAUUAUAUUAUGAAUGUAACUAAACAAAUAAAAUGAGACCUAGCCUCAGUAGUUGAAUAUAAAAAUGAGUUUUGAAGGCGAGCAGCAAAAGGCAUACUUAGCAUAAGAAGAGUUCUAGGAAUUUGUUUCUCUGAGACACGUUUUCCUUUUUCUUACUUUCCGCUUCCUUCUGGGUUGACGCGCCUUGUUUCCUGGUCGCAGGGAUUAUGCAGUAACCAAAUUCCCUGGAGAAGCUACACAUCUCCUCAGCGACAAGGAUCUGUUCUCUUUUUAAAACUUCACUCAUUUUCAAUUCCUUUGUUUUGUUUUGUGUUCUUUUCAGAUAUUUAAAUCAAGCCUCCAAAAACAAAUCAAUUCAUUGAAAUGCAGCAUGUUUUUGACUUACUUUUACAUCAAUAAAAUUUAAGCUUGAAUGUCAGCUAAUUCAGUGGACAAGCAUUAGUAAAACAGGACAAUACUACUCUGUUUUUUAAAGAUACACAUGCACUUCUUAAUGCUGAAAAAGGCUUCCAGUUAGCUGACUAGCACCCUAUUUUUUUUAUGAUACUUAACUUACUCAGAAUAGGCUCAUUUAAUGGAAGCGACUUAGUCAUGUUCAUUCAUUUCAAUGGAUCUACAAGUAAGGGGUGUAUGGGGUGUUAGGAAAGGAGUAGUGCCUCUGGUGAGGGACAGGUCAUGCUCUUUCUGGGGUAGUUUGUCUACCUCUGGUCCCCACUCUGCAAUCAGCUCUCACCUGUGACUCCUAGAAGCUGUCAGUAAGCGGCAGUGGCCGCACCCCAGGAAAUGGCUUUGGCUGGCUGGCUAAACCAGGUGAGGGUAGCCAAUGGUCUCAAACCCUCAGUAAGUUAGGGAGGUCCCUUGAAUGUGAAGACAGCCUCUGGUAGAUUGAGCACACAAGACUAAUAGUGGAUCCAACAGUCAAGAAAGCGGUUUCUGCAUGUGCUGUAGAAGGAAGGAAGAGGAAGAUGGGGUUCAUCAACCUGGCAAGACUGCCCAUCUAGGAGAAGGAAAAUUUUGAUCCUAAACCUCAGCUGCCUUGUGGGAUAUCUUGGGAGAGAUGAAAAGACUAAGAAGUAAACCCUAGUGGAGUCCCUAAGGUGGUUGAAUGGCAUCUUGUAUGCCUCCUCCCAGCAACUCCUGCAGCCAAGCUGGUGCCAAAUGUAUUGCUCUGCUUUCCUUUGGACCACAUCAGCAAGGCCAAGCAAGGGGGUCUUGUCUGGGCAGCCCAGGAUCUCCAGACCCAUUGCCCAUGUUUGUGUCCUGGGGAGGUCACUUCAGCGCUGCUAACACAGUAGUUUGGUUUCACCCCCAGAGGCGCAAUCCAUUGUCUCUUGAUGCCAACAGCUCUGAGUAAAAGUUGAAUACUACCCAUAGAUAUAAAAUAAAGACAGUGGCCCACUCAAACCAUCCAGAUUAACUGUUGGAGAUGAGAGUAGGAAAAUAACUAGAAUCGAGUCCUCUUACCUGGAACUGCAUUGUGAGAUCUGCCAUCACUGCCUGGCAGUGAACCUUGAAUCCUGUCCAGCAAGAGGCAUGGUCCAAACAGCCAUGUGCAUAUAGAACAGGGCUGGGGAACCUCUGUCCCUCCAGAUGUUGCUGGAUAACAACUCACAUCAUCUCUGGCCACUGGCCAAGGAUGUCUGGGGCUGAUGGGAGUUGGGAGUCCAACAACUCUGCAGGAGCACAGCUUUCCCAACCCUGAUAUAGAAUGGAGGCAGAAAGCUGGGCUAGAUCAGGACCCUGCAUUGGAAGUUAUCCACCUCUGACCUAAUGAGAUGGUUGGAAAGCUUAGCUAAGGGUCUGUCUCUUCUUCCUUGCCUCUUCCUCUUUCUCUACUCAUGACAUUUUAAGGGGAAAAGGAAGAAUGGGAACAAGCUCUAAAAGCUAACCACUGUAUGUGUGUGGGGUGUGUGUGUGUAAUGUUUAUAGGAGGCAAUAAAGUGUCUAAAAUUCUGGAGAGGAAAGCAUCACCACCUCUAUAGUCCAUAACUGGCCCACUCUGUAUUCUUAAAGAUAAAGAGCAAAAACAUCUUUGUGUAUGUUGAACAAUACUAGACAUCACAUGCCUAAAUAUCUGCCUCUAGAUAUUCUCUGCCAUUCUGUGCUUCUCUCUCCCAAAUACCCAGCACAUGCUGAUUAUCAAAAUCUAAAGCAACAUUACUUGCCUCUCGAUAUAUCCAUUUAAUAUGUUCGGUUCAGGCAGCUAGCUCCUUGCUUUCAAAGGACUAUCUGACAGAUCCUAUUCAUUUUCAAAGUAGCUCACUACAGUUUGGGUAAUUAUCUUUCAUUUCCCGCUUUCUGACACUUUUCAAUGAUUUGCUGACAUCUGAAGCGAUACGUGCAAGCCUAUAAGAGACAGCUGGACUCUCCAGCCAAAAGAUACAAAUACACUUAGAAAGGAUUCCCAUACCAAAUCUGAAAUAACCAUGUGCUUUGCAAAUGGCAAGCUGCAUCUGCAUUUUAAUAGGACACUUUUUAAAAAGGAAGAAUUCAUGAAUCAGUUAUCAGUUUUAACUUUUUCAUUGCCAGUUAAAAAGUCAUACUUGCAUGCAAACUAGAUCCAGAUCUGUUUGACAUAUUUACAGAACAUCUUUACUCCCCCCCCCAUAGCUUUAUUCCUAGAUUGCUGAUAAAUAAUUAUCCAAUAUAUAUCCUAAGCUAUGUUUUUUGAAUGGUGAUAGUUGAUAGACACUGGGUUAUAGGCAGCACAUCCAGCCUGACAUAGUUGAUUUGUCAAAGCUGGUAAGUACCUUUCCAGUCAAGCUGAUUGAAUGCCAAGUUGUUUAUACCUAAAUUCCACUAAAGGUGCAUAAAGCAGAACAUACCAUUCCCUCUAGUUUCAGUGUUCAGGCUGUGAGUGUCUUUGCUUAAUAUAGCCAAUAUGACUCUGUGGGCAUGGACACAUGCACAAGGCACGGGAUGGCACAGUUUGCAGAAAUACAAAACUUGGUGAGAUUAUGUGUGCAUAGCAUCACACUGUUGUAUGUUUAGAAUCAUCUACAUGUUUGCAAAUAAACAAUUACCAAGUAAGAUUUAAGGAAGCACAGCAGCAAGUGUAUACAUGGAGAGAGGAGGGGAGUCAUAAGACAAGAGCAGAUUUUCUCUUUCUUUCUCUCUUCAUCCAGGGAACUUAAGGGGCCCAUGUAAUAUAAUUUAGGGGGGGUGUUAGGCUAUAUGCCUGAAUCCUCUUCUAAUUCCAGGAUCCAGCAGGGAUUCAAUUGCUGGAAUAGCCAAGCCAGCUUCUUAGUGAGGUAAUGGGCUAAGUAUGGGUCGUUAAGGUAACAAAGGAAGUGGCUCUGUGCCAGGGAACAAAUGGGUGGCCCCCACCUCAACUAGCUGAUAGUUAGAAGGACAAAAGCCAGAGCCGAGUUGUGUGAGAGAGCUGGAAGCUGGAAGCAGGCUGCAGGCUGAAGCUUGUGAAGGAGAGACUUUCGUGAUUUUGGAUGGGAGAAGCAAGACCUUAUUGGGAUGUUAAUGUUGUGAGCCCCUCCAUCCUAGGCUCAAGUUGUAUAUAUGUGUAAACAAACCAUAUAUCAUAAAGACACCACAGUCUGCUAUGCCUCAUUCCCAGUGGAAAAACAAACCUGGUAAGCACCUGGAAUCUUGCACUACUUAAAUGUUGGUGUGGCAUGUUACAAUCAUCUAUAUGUUUGCAGAUGAACUAUUAAGCAAUAAUAUAUAGGGAAGUAUAUCAACAAGUGCAUCAAAGGAGAAAGAGAGAUAGUUGUAAGACAAGAGCAGCUUUCUUGUUCUUUUUCAUAUCCUCCAAGAAACUUAGGGACUCCGUGGAAUUUAAUUUAAUACUUGGGAGUUGUUUGAAGAUGGCAGCUGUACUUUUUUUGGAAUGUUUGCUUGUGUACAUAUCAGUUCUGAAAUGAUGCUGCACACAAACUACCAGGAGAGAUCACUUUGGCUCUCAUUACAAAUAGACCAGAUCCAGGCACUAUUAGAAGAAACUCAUUUUCUGGAUCCAUUUCAAUCGGGGUUUAGCCCCGGUUAUGGCACAGAAACUGAUUUGGUUGCCCUGUAUGAAGACCUCUGUCGUGAGAGAGACAAGGGAAACAUGUCCAUCUUAAUUCUUCUUGACCUCUCAGUGGCUUUCAGUACGAUCGACCAUGGUAUCCUUUGGGAGCAACUCUCUGAACUAGGGUUGGGGGGCACUGCUUUGAGGUGGUUUGAGUCCUACUUGGAUGGUCAUUCCCAGAGGGUGUUGCUUGGGGAAUGUUUUUCAGCUCCAUGGAACCUUCAAGGUAGGGUUCCGAGGGCUCAGUCCUAUCCUUCACAUUGUUUAACAUCUACAGGAAACUGCUGGGUGGGGUUAUCUGGAGGUUUGGAGUAUGUUGUCAGCAGUAUGCUGAUGACACUCAGCUCUAUUUUUCCUUUACAUCUGCAGGUGAGGCAGUGGAAAUGCUGGACCAGUGUCUUGCCUUGGUAUUGAACGGGAUGAGAGCCAACAAACUGAAACUCAAUCCAGAUAAGACUGAGGCACUGUUAGUGGGUAGUUCCCUAGACAGGAUGGGUGGCAGAUCGCCUGCUCUUGAUGGGGUUACACUUCCUCUGAAGGAGCAGGUUCGUAGUUUAGGGGUACUCCUGGAUCCUUUGCUGUUGCUCAAGGCUCAGGUGACCUCCGUGGCCCAGUGUGCCUUCCACCAGCUUUGGCUGGUAGCCCAGCUACGCCCCUAUCUGGACAGGGAUAGCCUAACUACUGUUGUCUAUGCUCUGGUAACAUCAAGCUUAGAUUACUGCAAUGUGUUAUAUGUAGGACUGCCUCUGAAGACGAUUUGGAAACUUCAGCUUUUGCAGAAUUCAGCAGCCAGGUUGCUCACCAAAGCAAAACAGUUUGAACAUAUUACACCAAUCCUUGUCCAACUGCACUGGCCACCUGUUGGGUUGAAAUCACGACAGACGAGUGGUGGGUGUCAAAGGAGAGGCGUCUGCCCGGGACAAGCCCCGGGAACUCUCUUUUAUUGAAUAUUACAAACAUUGCCACAGGUGUGCUUGUGGCUGAUUGGUUGAUACAAACACAAAGCAUCUUGUUGCUGAUUGGUUAACAUAGGUACAAGGCGGGAAUUACAUAUGACAUCAAUCACUGAUAGUUCAAAGACUGGGAAAUGGAGCUGGAACUAGACAGGCAUGAAACCUCCUAAUUAAAUUAUAACUAAAGAUUGAUAUUGAGAGAACAUAACAUGAAGGAAUACAACAAUCACGUUCCGUAAAUGUGGUCAGCAAUGCAUUAAGAACAGGUCAGGAUACACUGUUUCAUGAACUCAAUGGGAACUGUUCAGAACAUUCUCAGACUCUUGUGCAGAAGCAGAGAGAAGAUUAUGAGCGAGACUUCCCAGAAUGCAAGAGUUAUGUGCAGUAAGAGAACUGCAGAAAUAUGCAGAAAGAAAACUUCCCUUCAUCUCCCCCUUUCUUUUCUUGUUUGCGAGGCAUUCCAGGUGGAUAAGGCAAAAAUACUUCGGGAUUAGUGGUGUGCCAGCGAAUGCCCGAAAUAAGCCUGCCAGGGUCGAUGGGACAAAAGUACUUCAGGAUACGUGGUUUGCCAGCGCAUGCCCAAAAUAAAUCCGCCCACAUCUCCCCUAAGGUUUACUGUUGGUGUUGCCAUUUCGCAAUGUAAGCAGCAAGGAGUUUACUGGGUGGUGGAGGGGGGGAGAGAAGCCGAGAGAAAAGACUCAUGAGGCUAGGAACGCAUUGGAGGAAACAGCAUAGUAAAAUAAAAAUGGAAAUUAUGAAAAUAGCAUAUUGAAAGAGACUACGAAGCCAAGUAAGGUUAGGCAGCCAAGCAGUAAGCCACUGGGUGAAAGAAUCCCAGAGGCCAGAAAAUCCAACGUCCUGUUUAAUGUGAUGUGUAAGAUUUUGCAAAUGAGAGAUUUGGCUUUGAAUGGCUCUUCAGAAUUAUCAGUAAUAUUGAAACAACACAUGUCAUUCACUUGUUCACAGCCAUAAUGAUGAAGCAUGAGCAAAUAGUGAUAGCAGCACGAUUUCAUAAAAGUCCAUAGUGGAGUUCACUGUUCUUUAUUCAAAAGGGGUUAUAUAAUGUAAAAGUCCAUUUUGUAAAAGGAUUUUGUAAAAGUCCAUUGUGGAGUGCACUGUUCUUUAUUCAAAAGGUGAAGGGCUUGUGAAAUAUAAUUCAGAGUUUUUGCUGCAUAACAAGCUAAAAAAGUAAUGUUCACACGAUUCCGUACAGCCAAUCCAGGGAUUCCUAAGAGAGAAGCAACUAAAGAGAUAUAUUCAAACCUACUGAGAAGAGAGACAAAAGCAUCACAAUCAUUAGUCAAUUCAGUAUUGCAGCGGUAAAAUGAUGGACAAACGGCUUAAACAGCAAGGUGUGCCAUGGCUGAUGUUUGCUGGAAUGUAAUUAAACGUAUAGCCAGGACACGACCAGAAGAUUUCCAGUUGAGGGAAGUGCAAGCUUACUCAUUAAAUUGAAUGGUAGCUUGUAAUUGUUGUAGCAAGUCUCUUCCCCACAGAUUGAGGUGGAUUUUCAGCACACAGGGCUGGAUGUAAGCAAUGGUUUCAGAGCUGUCAGGCAGAGAAACAGGCAGCCACUGUACGCUUUUGGAAGAGGUUUGGGGGCCACCCACACCCCAGACAGCAGAGGCAGACUCAAGGGGCCACGUGGGGUCCCAGCAACUACUAGAAAUUACAGAAACGUCUGCGCCUGUGUCAAUCAAGCCUUCCAGCACAAUACCAUUGAUUUUAUACUUACGAAGAAGUUUCUUCUCACCAAUCCUCUGGACUACAGCUAACAGCUGUGGAGGGAAAGAAGAGAGCUCGUGCAAAUUAGUAUCCAUAAUAGAAGCAGUAGGAUGAGAAGGUAGCACCACCAAAUGCGCCCAAGACUCACCCAUUUUGAAUCGCAUGGGCAUAUGGCUCCAGAGUUGAACCAUUAUUGUGCCUACAUAGUCAGGAUCCAGAACUCCAGGAAUAACCUGGAUGCCUUCCUUUGCCGCAGAAAAUUUGGGUAAAAUUAAACCUGCGACCUUAGGAGGCAGGGGACCUGCCAAUUGAGUGGGCAUAAGCACAAUUUCACCAGGUAGAACAGAAUCUUUGGUCUCUUGAUUGAUCAAAUCAAUUGCAAAUUCAGAGGGUGUGUUCUUUGAAAAGUUUGCAGCAGCAGAAAUUAAAGGCGGAAAGCUCUCUAAUUUUCCUGGGCUCUCUAAUUUUCCUGGCCUGAGAGCGAGGCCGGGAUGGAGUUUCCGAACUCCUGCAUUGAUUAGCCCAAUGAUAGCCUUUGCCACAUUUCGGGCAUUUUUAGAAGGUUUAGCCUUAGAGGCAGAACCAUCCUUGUGUGCCCCCCGCCUGGGGCUCUGCAUUGCUUGGCAAAAUGGCCUGGGCGCUUGCAAUUAAAGCAGUUACCAGUAGGCUUAGUGGUUGCUUGGAUUGCGCCGGCAAGCAAGGACAUCGCAUGGCUCUGGCUACCGACAUCCGCACAAGCUUGAAUCAUAUCGGCCAGUUCAUAUUUAGGGCGAUGUAUGAUUGACUGCAAAGCUUUCUUGCAAUCAGUGUUUGCGUUUUCAAAGGCCAAUUUUUCAUCAAUUCAUUUUGAGCAGUGGUGUUAUCAAUCUGCCUAGUGACUGAUUCUUUCAAUCUAUCUAUAAACUGAUGGUAUGGCUCCGAAUGCUGUUGCUUAAUAUUCACAAAGGAGCUCAGCGGUUGCCCAGAAACAGGGACUUUCCGAAAGGCGCGUUGUACACAGGUCGCGGUGCGAACAAAAUGUACAGGUGUCAGUGUUGCUUGGGCAGUUAUAUCAGCAAACUGACCAGCACCAUAAAGUUCAUUGGCAGUAUGUUGAGGAUCAGACAGGGCUGAAGCGCUGUGUUUAAAUUCACUCUCAAACACCACAUACUGAGCAGGGGACAAAAGCAUGCGCAUAAGGUCUUUCCAGUCCUGAGGUAGCAUAAUGUAACCAGUUGCUAUGCCUUCUAGCAUCCCUGUCACAUAAGAGGAUUUCAGACCAGAAUCAGCAAUGGCUUUCCUUAAUUCCCUCAUUACAGAAUAAGGAAGCGAUUCAUAAUAAAUCUGCUGUUGAGCAGUUCCAGGGUUUGAAUAAGAGAUAGGGAAAGCAGACGGCAUUUCACCUGGCCACUCAGACUCCUCCUCUAAGGACAGGAGCCCUUUUUGCCUUGCCAGAGAGAGCGCAGCACGCACAGCUCCUAUAGAGCAAGCAGGGGCUGUGGCAGGAGGAGGAGGGAUGGGGGGGGGAGGAAUCAGGCUGAGGCGGAGGGAUGGGGGGGGAGGAUGCAGGCCGAGGAGGGUGAGACGCAGGGAGGGAUUGGCUGGGCUGCAAAGGAGAAGGAGGUAAAAGUUUCGGGUAAGGGGGGGGAUUGUCUGCGAUGGCCAGAAGAGGAGACGCCUGGGGUCCCAAUUGGGGCCCUAAUUUAGCAACGGCAUCAGCACAUUUCUGCCAAGUGAGCAGACAAUGAAUCGGAGCCCUAGGUUCUGCAAAAGGGUCUUUCCGAUCUUUUGCCAAGUCUCUACGUCCAAAGAUCCAGCCUCUGGAUAAAAGACGCAUUGGCAAUUUAUCUCACAUAGCAAUUGUUCAAUUUCUUUUAAGGAAAUAUUAACACCCACCUCCCGCUGUCUAACUAAAUAAAGCAACUCUUUAGCAUGCUCUUUCUGGAGCUUAGUCAAGUCCCCUCCCAUACUCACGAAGUAGCGCGCUGAGACUUUUCCAGUCGGGUGAAGUAUGAGGUUUGGCUGCGUAAGGGAUCUGGCACGUCGGGGGUCACCAGAUGUUGGGUUGAAAUCACGACAGACGAAUGGUGGGUGUCAAAGGAGAGACGUCUGCCCGGGACAAGCCCCGGGAACUCUCUUUUAUUGAAUAUUACAAACAUUGCCACAGGUGUGCUUGUGGCUGAUUGGUUGAUACAAACACAAAGCAUCUUGUUGCUGAUUGGUUAACAUAGGUACAAGGCGGGAAUUACAUAUGACAUCAAUCACUGAUAGUUCAAAGACUGGGAAACGGAGCUGGAACUAGACAGGCAUGAAACCUCCUAAUUAAAUUAUAACUAAAGAUUGAUAUUGAGAGAACAUAACAUGAAGGAAUACAACAAUCACGUUCCGUAAAUGUGGUCAGCAAUGCAUUAAGAACAGGUCAGGAUACACUGUUUCAUGAACUCAAUGGGAACUGUUCAGAACAUUCUCAGACUCUUGUGCAGAAGCAGAGAGAAGAUUAUGAGCGAGACUUCCCAGAAUGCAAGAGUUAUGUGCAGUAAGAGAACUGCAGAAAUAUGCAGAAAGAAAACUUCCCUUCAGCCACCAAUUAGUUUCUGGGCCCAAUUCAAAAUGCUAGUUUUGACCUAUAAAGCCUUAAAUGGUUCGGGACUGGAAUACCUCAAGGACUGCCUCUUUCCAGAUGAACCUACCCAGACUUUGGGAUCAUCUUCCUAGGCCCUUCUUUGUGUGCCUCCAUCCUUCAGAGGUCCGGAGGGUGGCAACGCAAGAAUGGGCCUUCUCUGCAGCGGCUCCCCAUCUGUAGAAUGCUCUCCCCAGGGAAGUUCACCUGGCAACUUCAUUAUACACUUUUAGGCACCAGGCAAAACCAUUCCUUUUUAACCAGGCCUUUGGUUGAUUUGAUUUGAUUUGAUUGAUUUGACUGACAUUCUGUUUUGGGGAGGGGCUAUUGGGUUGUUGUCUUUAUUUUGAUUAUGUAUUUUGUAGUUUUAUAUUUUGAUUUUAUUGUGUGAACUCCCCUGAGACCUCAAGGCAUAGUAAAGUAAAGGUAAAGGUACCCCUGACCAUUAGGUCCAGUUGCGGACAACUCUGAGGUUGCAGCAUUCAUCUCGCUUUACUGGCCGAGGGAGCCGGCGUUUGUCCACAGACAGCUUCUGGGUCAUGUGGCCAGCAUGACUAAGCCGCUUCUGGCAAACCAGAGCAGCGCACAGAAACACCGUUUACCUUCCCACUGGAGCAGUACCUAUUUAUCUACUUGCACUUUGACGUGCUUUCGAACUGCUAGGUGGGCAGGAGCUGGGACCGAACAACAGGAGAUCACCUCAUCACGGGGAUUUGGCUGCCGACCUUCUGAUUGGCAAGCCCUAGGCUCAGUGGUUUAGACCACAGCGCCGCUCGUGUCCCUUCCAGGCAUAGGGAGGUAUAUAAAUUCAAUAAAUAAAUAAAAAUAUUGGACAGAGGGGGGGAAAGCCUCAUUAGACUGUAAGAAAAUUGAACUGUGGAACAGGUGGAAGAAAUGAGGUUUCACUGGCAUUCAUACUUAGUGAUAAAUCAGCUUGUGAACAACAAAUGAGUCUUGUAGCAACUUAAAAACAAAUUAAUUCAUUAUGGCAUAAGUUUACAUGGACUACUGUCCACUUCAUCAGCUGCAGAAAGUGUUUUCCUUGUUUAGCAAAUCCAUAGAUAUGUGAGUAUAGAAGGGGAAAGGGUAAAAUGCAGACUCAAGUAUUAAUUAAAUUCAACGAUUCAGUUAAAUGCUUAAAUGUAUGCAAUGUAAGCACAAUGAUGAUAAUUGUAAUUGCUGAUACCAUCUUGAGAAUAUCUCAAUGCAACCUGGAAAUAUGUCAUUAAUUUACAAUUAGAUUCCUACAGUUGUGUGACUUGUGAGAACGGGUAUAUAUUUUCCAUUUUGAAGCUUGGGGAACAGCACCUGAUGUUUGUGUUUAUGAGUCAGUCAGUCCAUAAAGAAAACUGGUCCUUCAGUUACUGACCAAUUACCAUAGUUCUCACAACCAACAGUGCCCCUUACUGGUCAGAGAGCUGAAAGAAGAAGGGUUUUGUCUACAGUUCUUCCCACCCACACCAUAUAUAUCUGCCUUUCCUAAUAGUUUAACAAAUGUGUUUAUUGCAUGUUGAAUGUAAGAAGGAAUAAGAAACACUGAAAUCUCCACUUGGGGAUUAGUGCUCCUUUGCAGUCUAUUUCAUGUUCCAGUUCUGGUAGAUGUAUGCUGCAAUCCUAUAUCUAUUUACAUGAAUGUAUAUGUCCCAUUGAACUCAAUGGGAAUUACUGUGGAGUAGACAUAGAAUCAUAGAAUUGUAGAGUUGGAAGGGACCACGAGGGUCAUCUAGUCCAACUCUCUGCAAUGCAGGAAUCUUUUGCCCAAUGUGGGACUCAAACCCACCAUCCUGAGAUCAAACGUCUCAUGCUCUACCAACUGAGCUAUUCCAGCAGACAUGUAUAGGAUUGUGCUGUUAACUUGAUUAUUUCUCAGUCAAUAAGCACUUCAAAUCUAUAAACACUUCAAAUAAAACAAAUACAAAAAAUAAUUUCCCAUAGUCAGACAUCCUUACAAAAUAACUAAAAUGAAGUGUUCCAAAUAAAGCAUUUCAGAUUAAGAAUUUCAAACAUGAGACUAUCUAUAAAUGGGGAUGUUCCCUAGCUAUGGUGGCAUUAAACAAAUAGUAGAGGGGAAAGUAUGUUACAAAAUAAUUACCAAGUAGCAACCUGUGGGAUGGGAGGAGAUUCUGCUUUUGUAGAAACCUUUCAGCCAACCCCCCCCUACUUCAUUCAGGCCAGCAACAAUAAGCAGGAACUGGGUGUUGUUCCCAUAUGGACUGCAUAGAACAAUAGUAAUUGGAAAGAAUUGGGCACCAGUCAUCCUCCCUUACUUGAAACAAAAUGCACCAAUUCAUUCCUAAAAAGUGCCACGCAUAUUAUUUUACACAGUAACCAUUUAGUGUCGUGCCAUGGUGAAAGCAGUGUAAGAUGCCAGUUACCUAUAUUUAAGACACUACAAGGACUAAGGCUUUUCCUUUUAAGAUAAGCAACCACACACUAACACCAACCUAUACCCAAAUAUCACUUUUAAUGAGCUCUCAUUUUGAUCAGCAGAUAUCAGCCACAAUUCAACCCCUGAACUCCAGUGCAAUCCUACUCAGAAGCAUGCCCCAUUAAGCUCAGUGGGACUUAUUCCUAGGUAAGUGUGUACAGCAAAGGUGAGGAACAUUUGGCCCUCCAGAAAUUGCACAACUACAACUCCUAUUAGCCCCCCAAAGCCUGGCCAAUGGCCAAAUAUGAACAUUGUAGUUCAACAACAUCUGGAAGGCCCAAAAAUAACUACCAAGAAAAAGAUUAGGCUGCGUCUCCACCCCCACCUCCUAUUUCUGCCUUGCAACUUCUCAAUCAUUUCUCUGACCCAGGGGGAAAUGAUUUUUAAACAUUCCGCUGCAGUUUGCCAGAGAUGACGGAUGGCACUUCAAGCAGCAGGACUUUCUGGAAGAGGCAAAUCCCAGGCCAGCGAUCUUAGGCCUUGUUUACAUUGGGACUUUGCCCUGAUUUCAGCCAUCUGUGGCCAGCAGCCAAUGCGGCUGUGUCAGAGAAAACCCCCGAGAGCAGAACAAGGCAAGCAGCAAUUGGCUUGCCUUUGCUUUUUCAUUCCCCCCCAAAAAAAAUAUUGGUGAUCCACACAGACUGAAUUAUCUAGGCCAGCUCUACAAAAUUGAAGUCCACUAGGCAAAAAUCAAAUCAAAGAUGCAUGUUCUGGGGGGGGGGGGGGAAAUACUCAUUCAGAUUUGAUAUGAGUUGGCAGUAGGGUUACUACCAUUGUCACUGUCCGGGCAUCUAUGCCUAUAACUGCUGCCUAGUAGGCAGGAAUUCUACUGGUUAACAAUGCCUUAGCAUUAUUAGGUGGGGAAAGCUUCACGUGUUGAAUUUUAAAGGCAGAGAGAGAGGGAGGGAGGGAGAGUUGCAUCUGUGUUGUACUGGGGAAUGCUCCCUGUUUUUGUUAGACAGCAUCAUUGCGCUUGUGACCUCUACAACAGGGACCAGCAGGGCAUAGCUGACUCCCUUUGCUAAGUAUGAGGUCUUCCAGAGAGCGGGGCAACACCCAUGAUGGUACUCUUGCUAAUUUAGUAUCCUGCCAUGCCCUCACAGCAGCCACAUUGUGUUAUGCCACACAACCCAAAGCAGUCGUUUUUUGACUGGGGGCCAUAGAACUUGCUCAAAACUGAAAAUGUGCCCACACACUGGUCCAGAAAAGUUGGCGACUGCUGGCUUACUAAAAUAAAAAAUCUAGUAAAAUCUAAAACUUUGAACAUUCCUGUUCUGUUAAAGAACUGGCAUAAGCAUAAGAGAGAAUUUCUGUUUCAGCGGAGAAGAACAAAUUUUUUAAAAAAAUGUUUUGAGGAACCCAAAAUUCACUUUUCUUCUUCUCUAGAAUAGCUUAAAGCCCUUUUCAGGACAGUGAAGAGGCAGGUGUUUUGUUUUAUUUUAUCGCUGUGCCUAAUUUUAGCUUCCUGUGCCUCAUUACUGUGUUUCAUGCAAACAAUUGUUGGUUUCCAGAAUAACAAGGGGAGCUGGUGCUGUCUGUGUUGAAGGCAUUCCUUAGAGAAUACCAAACCUCCAGUGGAGAAAGAGGUGGGUUCUUAUUAAGGGCUGGAAAUAAAGCUGAGAUGUAAAUGUGUAUCCCUUUCUUAAAACAUGCCUAAUUACCCAUAAAUGUCAUUAAGUCAAGAAAUGUUUUCCACCAAAUUAACUUCAGCUCGUCUCAUCUAAUUAGCUGGGGAUGCUGAAAGGUAGCAACUUAGCAGUCUCUGUUGUAGAAAACAUGUUUAACGGUUGACUUUUUUGUUAACUGCCUUCCUGAAGCAGGUAUUGCAGCUGUCAAAACUGAGCAUGAUCAUAGCAAUUAAAUCCAGUGUCUCCAUGCCACUUCAGACAAAGGUAAUUUUGACAGCUUAGUCACAGGCAAGAAACAUAGCGAGCCUAAACUUUUGGAAGGCAGUUCCACACAUUAGGGUUUUUGGGUUGUUGUUUUUAAGUUCUGAAUAUGCUAUGAUUUGCUGGAUCUAAUGGGUAGUCUGCAGUACUUUUUAUUUUCUGCAACGGAAAAUAGGAUUUUAUGGAUUGUCACAGUACUGCUGCAGAACAGACCUGGAAAAUCCAGCACAGCUACUGUAUAACAUUUUCCUGUUGUACUAUAUUGUUGCUUAGACCUGUUUAUAGUCGUGGCACUGUGGAUUAAAUUAUAGAGCCCAUCUCAUUCUGCACAGUGCCAUAUCUUCACCUGAGCUGUUUUUGAACAGCAGCAAAACAUUUAAAAUAAUAAUAAUUGUGUUUGUGGUUUGGGGGUUGUGUAGAUAUCCAGGAAUACCGCAGAUUAGUGUUUGGGACUAUAAUGAACUAGUUGGCAUCAUGAGUCGGGCUUGAGGUGCACAUCAGCUUGAGUGCCUCUUCACUGCAUGGUUCUCAAUAUUUAUUUUUUCAAACCCACAUAUUAAUUUCAAUAAAUGAAUUGAGGCCAAGGGGAAAAAGAAAUGGCAGAAAUGAAGCAGGCAGUUUUGCAGAAGUCGGUGUUGCUGAGCAAGGCAAACAAGGUUGCCAGACAGUACAAAAUAACCCCCUCAAUUAAUCUAUACAUCGCUUAUCACAUGAGUAUGGUUUGUUUGGUUUGACUACACACAGAGUUGCCACAGCAGUGGGAAGGGGGGCAGCACAAUGAACACUCUCUGUAAAUCUCAAGAAUAUAUUGCAUCCCAUAUGGGGGAAUCUUUCAGUCCUGAACUUUGUCAUGUCACAAGGAAAAAGUCAGAGCGCCCACCUUUUUCCUGUUCAGUAUUUUAACAUUGUACUUAUAUGUGGUGUACAAGGAGCUAGAAAAAUGGUAUCAACUCUGCAAUCUGAAGCAUCUCUUUAAUGUUUUGUUGUAAGGGAAGCUCGGGUGAUAAGAUUGCAGCCCAAAUCAAAUGAAUUCAGGAGUGGGGAGAAGUGAGGAGAGGAUGGGGAGAUGAGAUGAGAUUAUCCUAUCCCAGUCCUGCUAAUUCUCCCUGACCCCCCUCAGCAUCCCCCCCCCCAAGCCUGUCCCCCUCCAUUUAAGGCUUACUUUCCAUUUCAGAGACCAGCAGGAGGGUAUUUGCAGGGGAAAAUCAGCAGAUAACAGAAGCCUUAAGCACCCCUGCCCAGUACUCUGAUUGACUGAUUGAUUGAUUGAUUGAUUGAUUGAUUGAUUAUUACUACUACUGAUAAAAUUGUUUACAAAGAUGAACAGACCAAAAAACCCUGUACAACUCUGCUUUAGCACGAAUGGUUUCUUAAUUCAUUGGUAGUCAUGCCAAUCAAUGUUUUAAAAAUCCGAAAUGUAUCCUAGGGCAACACCAAUCAAAACAUCACAAAACAGUGAUCAAGGUUUGGAGUUCUUCAGAAUCCUUCCUCAUGCUGGUGUUUAGCAAGUUGAGGAGAAGUGGAGAAAAAUCUGGCAUGGUGUUAAAUGACAUAAAAACACCUUGAGCAUAAUUAUAAGGUACAGGCUGUUCUGUCCUUAAUUUAACUCAUUAUUUUUCAAUAUUGAAAUCUGGAAGAUUUGGGGAGAGAGAUAAUAUGACACGUGUUGGAAAGGUUCAUAAUCUGUAACCACAACAAAACAUUUUGGCCCCAAUCCAACACAGAGUUUAAGUGUGUUUGAUCCCAUUGGCAUCAGUGCCCCUCUGGACAACAGAGAUUUUUUUGCACUUAUUUUCCUCGCUGUAAUAACAACAUCAGCUUAUAAACCUUGGUAUUUAUUUGUAUAGUUAGACCACACUCGCUGAAUCUACUUGUACUACCUAAGGUUUCAUAAUGGAAGAAAGGUGGCAUAUAAAUUAAGAAAAUGCAUAAAAUGGAAAUAAAACUUAGCAGUUGCAAGUAUAAGAUUCAUCUGACCUGUAUUACAAACUGCCCAGUGCAGAUAUGUGUUACCUUAAUGGCACCUGCAGCACUAUGGAGAACAUUUAAAAAUGGGCUAUCCAAAGUAAAAUGCAACAACAAUCUUUAAAAAUGGAAAGGAAUAUAAAAAUAAUGGCACACCUUAUUAUUCUUUAACCAAAUGUGCCCUGUUGUUCAUGGCUCAUCAACCCUAUAAGCAGAAGAAGAGGCCUGCUGGGUCAGACCAAAGGCUUGUUUAUUCCAUUGUUUUGAUCUCACAGUGGCUAACCAGGUGCCUAUGUCAAGUCCAAAAGCAGGACAAGAGCUUUCUUCUGCUCACAUUUCCCAGCAAUUGGCAAUCAGAGGCAUACUGACUCCAAUACUGGAGAUAAAAGAUAACCAUCAUGACCACAAGCUACUGAUAGACAUAUCCUCCAUGAAUUGGUUUAAUUCCCCUUUAAAGCUAUCCCAGUUGCUGGCCAUCAUCACUACAUGUUAUGGUAGUGACUGCUUCCAGACUUCACUUGGCAAGGAGUUCCACAGAGCAGGCCCUGUCUCGCUUAAAAGCUCAAUUCCUGAUGCAGGUCGGCCAAACCUAAGGAGCGUGGGGAACCACUAAAAGCACCCCAUCAGAAGAUCUAAGUGACCAAGGUGGACUAGAAGGGAUCAAGUGGUCCUUGAGGAAUUUGGGUCCCAGGUUGUUUAAUGCUUUGUUGACUAGCACAAGAACCUGUCCCAGUAGUAAAUUGGCAACCAGUGCAGCUCUCUCAGCAAAGGAGUGACAUGUUGCCCAGCGGCCUGCUGUGCAAAGAAGUGUUUUCUUUCCAUAGAAUUGUAGAGUUGGGAAGAGACCCUGAGGAUCAUCUAUUCCAACCCACUCCAAUGAAGAAAUAUGCAGCUGUCCCAUACAGAGAUCAAACCUGCAACCUUGGUGUUAUCAGCACCACGCUCUAACCAGCUGAGCUGUCCAAGGGCAUCUCCUGCCUCUCCCACUACCAGUCAUCAUCACUGGAUGAUCCUGGAUUCUACUAGUUAUGCAAUAGGAAGAAAAUUUUCUCUCUGGCUGCUUUCUCUAUCACACAGUGCGCAAUCUUAUGCACCUCUACCUCGUCCUUCCCUCCUUUGCCUCCCACCACAAAAUAAAAACUGUAAGAGCUCCUUCCUUCAUGGGGGAGUUGCUCCAGGCCCUUGAUCAUUUGGGUUGCCCUUUUCUGCAUGACUGCACUAUUCUUCCUGACUGCUGAGAGUCAAUGAGGCUUGUUUUCCUGGCGCUGCUGCUACCUGUUGACCGGCUUCUCUCUCCCUCUCCAUUUCAGAUUUUCUGUUGCUGCCAGGGACCCACGCUUCCUUUCUCAUCGGGGCUGGCCCAGCCUCAUUAGGAAGGGAUUUGUGCAUGUUCGUUAA